AUGACGACCUGUCCAAAAUCCUGGCAGCCUAAUGUCAGUCACAAGCGAAGAGGGACGCGCGAGGCUGAGCUUCGAUAUGGAGUCGCGAUGCGUGCGACGGCUCCUGUCGAACGUGCGAGCCUGCCUGCCUACGAGAGACUUGAGAUCGGGGGUGGAAAACAAACAGUAGAGAUUUGGUACUACCGUAUUGGUAGCGAUGUGGUACAAGUCAAAGUGAGCGCAGCUCAAAUGCUCCCAGCCUCUUCCAGGACCGUAUCCACAUCGUCAACCAACCCCAUCUCCGGGUAUCCAACAUACGGCGUCCCAGCCAUCCCCCCAUUCUCAGUCAACGUUCCCAACGGUUCAGAGCCUUGCGAGGGAGGUGUUGUCGAGUAUGUAUCGGAGCUCUCCCGCUUCCUCCACCAAACGCAACGGGCAUCCCGAAUGAACAGCAGCUCUUGGCAGAGGCAAGUCGGAGCGUUCAAGUGCUGUAUGAGACCCUUAAGAGAUCUCAGGAUAGCGCUGCUGUGGUGGCGAAUUUGCUGGGUGGAGAUGCUCAGCGGAGUACUAAGUAACCCAACCAUGCCCGAUGGCAGGCUGAGUGAUGUGCACAUCAUCUGUCGGGGAUUUCAUGACCGAAGCACAUCGUUUUGGGAGGACUGCACUGAAACUACCGCCCCGAUAAGCGAGAUCGAUUUGUAUUUUACGCCCCCAUUCAACGCUCUACGCUUCCACUUCGUCUAA